CUCUGCAGUGCCGAGCACGAAUCGAGAGUGACCAGUCGCCCGGAGCAUGUGAGCGCAGUGCCAUCGUUUUGCGCGUGUGUUGGUGACACCUGUGCGACAGACAGUGCUACAGUGUGGGUGCGUGUCUGUGUGUGUGCGUGUGCAAGACAGUGCCCGUGUGCGAGUGACAGCGGCUACGCCGACAGGAUAACGGCGCUCUUCUAGUCGGAUCGCAAGGAGGACCGAGCCAAGCGCCAUGGGAGUGGAGACUGGCCCCGCCGGGCCCAGCGAGGGCCUGGACGCCGGCUUGGCGGCGCCCUGGACGGCGGAGGGCGUGCCGGUGGGAGCGGCGCCCGUGCCCGUGCAGCAGGCCGCCCCCGAGGACGGCGCCAGCGCCACCCUCUCCUCGCCGGUGCAGGAGUUCUUCGCCGGCGCCACCGUCAUGGUGACCGGAGCCACCGGGUUCGUCGGCAAGGCCCUGGUCGAGAAGCUGCUGCGCUGCUGCCCCGACCUCAACGUCAUCUACAUCCUCAUCCGGCCCAAGAAGGGCAUGGACGUGGAGGGGCGGUACCAGGAGCUGCUCCAGCACCCGGUGUUCGAGCGGCUGCGCUCCGAGCAGGGCCCCGCCGUGUUCGGCAAGGUGCGGCCCGUGGCCGGGGACGUGUCGCUGCCCCACCUGGGGCUCAGCGAGGGUGACCGGCGUCGCCUGCAGGCGGAGGUCAACAUCGUGUUCCACUCGGCGGCCACCGUCCGCUUCAACGAGGGCCUGGCCGCCGCCGUGUCCCUCAACACCGUGGGCACGCAGAGGGUCAUGCGCCUGUGCAAGGAGAUGAUCAACAUCAAGUCCCUGGUGCACGUCUCCACAGCCUACUCCAACGCCGACAAGCGCGAGGUGCGCGAGAUGGUGUACCCGCCGCCGGCCGACCCGGAGGCCGUCAUCAAGCUCGUCAAGUCCCUGCCCGAGGACGCCAUGCCCGGCCUGGCCAACGCGCUCAUGGGCAAGCGGCACCCCAACACGUACACGCUCACCAAGGCCAUGGCGGAGUGGAUCGUGCAAGAAGAAGCGGACGACAUCCCCUGCGCCAUCGUGCGCCCGUCCAUCGUGACGGCGGCGCUGCGCGACCCCGUGCCCGGCUGGGUGGACAACGUGUGCGGCAUCACGGGCAUCAUGAUGGAGAUCGGGCGCGGCACGAUCCGCUCCAUCAUCUGCGAGGAGGACUACAUCGUGGACCUGAUCCCCGUCGACCUGGUGGUCAACACGCUCAUCACCGCCGCCUGGAGGACGGGCACGCACCUCGCCAACAACGUGCAGGUGUACAACUGCACGAGCGGGCAGCUCAACCCGGUGCACUGGCACGAGUUCGGGCGGCUGACGCAGAACCAGGCCGUCGACACGCCCACCAAACACGUGCAGUGGUACCCCGGCUUCUCCUUCCGCACCAACCGCUACAUCCACAAGUUCUGCGAGAUCUUCUUCCACUUCUUCCCCGCCCACGUCGUGGACCUCCUCAUCCGCGCCCAGGGCGGCAAACCCAUCAUGGUGAAGAUCGCCCAGCGCUUCAAGCUGGCCGCCAAGACAGGCGAGUUCUUCUCGCUGCACGAGUGGGACUUCGAGAGCUCCAACAUGAAGGCCCUGAUGAAGGAGAUGGACUGCAUCACCGACCGCCAGACCUUCGACGUGGACGUGUCGCAUAUGUCGUGGAAGCCGUACGUCACCGACUACAUGAUGGGCAUCCGGAAGUACAUCCUCAAGGACGGCUCCGAGUCCCUCCCCUCCGCCCGCAGCAAGCUGCAGAAGUUGUGGUGGGCACAUCGGGUGACGCAGGGCCUCACCCUGCUCUUCCUCUGCCGGGUCUUCUUCUUGGCCGGCUCCUUCCUCUUCAACGACGUCCUCGGCCUGGCCAGAUGACUGCCUCGCGGCCGCUCGCGGCGGACCGAGAUCUCCGACUGAGCCCAGCCCCGAAGAACGACCUGAGUUACCUACGUUAGAUUAAGCCAUUUGUACAUAGCGCCACUCAUUGUUGAUUAUGUGUUAUUAUCCUAAGUGAGGAUUAAGUAUUAUUAUUUUAUUUUUUUGUU